AAUCAUUUAAAAGGUGAUAUUCAUGAUCUACUCAUCCGGCUCUAUCCAACCAUGUAAUAAUAAAAGGAUUUUUUUUGUUUCUGCUCGAUUUUUGACUUUGGUGCACCUUACAUAAAUUAUUUUGUCAAAAUUUGCUGUGCUUUUGUCGUAAAAUUUCUCAUUCUAACUUUUACAACAUCAGUCAAUGUGCUGUUUAAGUUUUUUGAUGAAGAAAUUGAUCUUAUAAAUUUCCUAUAUUAUUCUAGAAAUUCUAGAAAAAUUCUGUUUUCUAAAUGGUCCCCUACGUACAUCUCACAGUUAGGUCGCUACGAAGCGUGCAAAGAACGCAAUUGAAGAAAGUAUAUGCAUUCAUUUACAGAAUUUUCAUUCCAUUUUGCUUCUGAAAAUUUUUUUAAAGUGUGAAUAUAGAUUGAGAUCUAGUAAUAAAAAAGACGUGUUUUGGACUUGUUUCCAAAAUAUGAAACAUAUACUUACAUGUACUGAACGAAACGGUUUACGCAUAAGAGAUAACAUUUAAAAUAUUAAUAGACAUUCAAUGAAAAUAAACUAUAAUCAUGCAUUUUAAAACAAUUAAUUCUAUUUAACGCUGAUUAGGCGCCAAUAUCAAAAUCAAGCUCGCUCGUGAUACGAAUCAUAUUAAUUAGCACUGCAGUAUAUUUGAAAAUUGUUUAGAAAGAUUCAAUAUAAAUAUUUCUUUUAGCCAAGAUUAGGUGUUGGUGCUCCGAAUGAAUCAUUAUUAUUUGUCAUUGCUGCUUCUAUUUAUCUUUAUUCCCUAACUGAUUUUAUAAUUGUUUUAUUAUCAAUUAAUACAGUUCCCUGUCGAACAUGUCAAGGUGAAGGGAGUAAAUAUAAAUCUGGAUUAUAG